AGAUGUGACCCUGUCCCAUGGGAAAUCAUUUCUGCAAAAUGCUAUGGAAAACGUAUAGGUGUGAACCUAGGAUUUCACACGCCACGUGACCAAGGGCGGACUGACAACUCAUGGGGCCCCCGGACAAUAGGGGAUCAUGGGACCCCUGUGUCCUUGCCCAAACUCAAAAAAGCCAAUGAAAAGGUACCAGGGGCAUCUCAAGGGGCCCCCUACUGACCCCGGGCCCUCGGGCAGUGCCCGAGUUUCCAAAUGGUCAGUCCGCCCCUGC